UCCUGGAGAUAUAUAUAUUUUUUUUUAUCUUUUUUUGAUAAGGUAAAAAAUUAGGCUAACCCAGUAACCCCCUUGAUAGGGCAAACCUAACAAAAAAUGAAGCCCGCAAAAAAGAGUUUGAUUUUUUUUCAUUUUAGGCCAUUGAACAAAAAUUAAGCUUUACCCCUGACCCACUGCGCAUUCACUUGACUGUCCGCUUAUGAUCAUCUCUACCGGCCAAAAGCAUAGCGUUAGAUAGAACAUCCCACUAUAAACAAUACGAAACUCGGUUUGGUAGUUCGCUCAAACUCAAACACAUGUGAAACAGAAUUUUAGAGUUAUGGGCAACUUUGAAUCAACAAAUUGGAUAUAUUUCUUGAGGAGUCCUACUAUGUUUAUACCUUGUAGGAGCUUUAUGAUCAAAUUCUCCAGCCUACUCAGCUUUUACGAUCAAUAUAAUUUCAUAAUAAUUAAACCCUACUUUUCUCACCACCACCGGCGAAUUAUACUACUACCGGAGAACUACACUACCACCGGCGACUGUACUGUAUUAUCACCGGCGACCUCACUACCACCGCUAGCGAACUACAAAUUUAGCAAGUCUUAGACAAGCCUAAAGGACCUCUUUAGGCACUUCAGCCUCAGCUGCAGGUGUGGAGAACAUAAAAAAAAGACGCAAUGGUUUUGAAGAAGAAGCCUGAGGAGAAAAAGAAACCCAAAUACUUUUGGCCAAAAAUUAAAGAUCCAUGGGCGCAGACUCCUAAGCCUAAAACUCCUAAGCCUAAAACUCCUAAGCCUAAAACUCCUAAGCCUAAAACUCCUAAGCCUAAAACUCCUAAGCCUAAGACUCCUAAGCCUAAAACUCCUAAGCCUAAAACUCCUAAGCCGGUAAGGAAAAGAGUGACUAAGAAAGAUAUUGAAUUAUCUAAAAUACUUGAAUGUAUUCUUCCUGAAAAAGAAACAGAAGAGGCUAACGUAUCUGAAAUACUUGAAAAUAUUCCUGAAGUUUCAAGCUGCAAAAGGGCAUUAAAUUUUGUGAACAUUAGUGUUGGUGAGUUUGAGAAUGUAGGUAUCAAAGAUGUUGAAAAGAAAAGUUUAAAUGAUUCAUCUUGUGAUGUUGGUAAUCAGAUCGAAAAGUCUGGGAAAGAUCAACGAACUUGGAAAGUCUAUCGAAGGAGGCAUAAUAGUAAAUGUUUGGAUGAAUGUAGAAAAAUCGGGAUUAAUUUUCUUGAAAGGUUUAAGAAGAAAAGAAAAGGGGUGAAUAACUUAUUCACCAAAGGUAGUAGAAUGAUGUUAUUACCAAUGCAACUGAAGAUCGAUGGAGAUUCAUUCGAUUGUAUAUUUAGUUUAUUGUUUUCACGAAUGAAGUUCAUCAAGAAGAAAAAGAGAUCGGCAAAGAAAUUGGCAUCGGUUAGAGAUGUUGCGAAACAAACGGGUGACUUAGAAACAAUAUCUUUAUCAAAGACAUGUUUAGAGAGAAAUGAGGUGCGUGUAAAUUUGGACCAAGGUGAAAUUGGAAGUGAUAGAAGUUUACCGCUUGCUCUUUGUUCGGUUUUAGAAAGUAAAGAAAGUGAAACAAAUUCUUCUAGCUCGACUUCAAAGUUAGCGAAAGAGAAGCUGCCAAACCAAAGUGAAAGUGGGAGUGAUAGAAGUUUACAGCUUGCUCUCUGUUCGGUUUUAGAAAGUAAAGAAAGUGAAACAAAUUCUUCUUGCUCGACUUCAAAGUUAGCAAAAGAGAAGUUGCCAAAGGGUCCUACUAAACGCAAGGAGAAGCAAAAGAUACGCCAGGAAAAGCAAAAGCUUAAGAGUUGUUUGAAGAAGCUUAAAGCUUGGAAUGGUAAUGGGAAUAAGGAAUCAAUGGAGCAGAUUAUGGAUCACAUUGUUGAAUACUUUAAAUAUUUGUCAUUCUAUGAAGACCUAGAUUCGAUUGAAAGACUGAGUAUAAUGGUAAGGGGAGAAAAUAAUUUAGCCCUUGUUGCUCAAAGACCAAAUGAAGAAGGUGAUGCUGAAAAACCAUUUGAAGAGACCGAAGAAUUUUGUGAAGAAAGGGAAAUUCUACAAGCAAAGAUGAAUAGAUUCUAUAUGAUAAUGACCAAUUUACAAGGGCCUAAGGAUUUUGUCAAGUGGAAUGGUUCUGUUUUAGACUCGGUCGUUGGAGUCUUUCUUACGCAGAAUGUGUCAGAUGUCCUCUCUAGUAACGCGUACAUGGAAGUGGCAUCUCGAUAUCCUAUUAAACCACAAACCAAUGAAAAUGAGGAUUGUGGUAUAGAUUCAGAUAUCUCAAGCAGCCAAGGGAGUACUGUGAGCACUUCAUGCAGUACGAAUGGCCCAAUCAUCGAGUAUCCUGAGGAAGAAGAAGUAGAAGAAAAAGAUGAAGAAACUAAAGCAAGAGAGAAAGAAUAUGAUACUGCUUUAAAGGAUAUGAUAGCAUCCUUGCCUAAUUUACAGGGACCGGGAAAAGAAAAGAAAGGCGAAGAUGUAAAAGAGUUCGAUUGGGAACCCAUACGACUUUAUUUUCUAGGGAAGAAUACUGAAAGGAGUCCAGACACCCAAGAUUCUGUAGAUUGGGAAGCAGUAAGGAAAGCACCAGUUAAGGACAUUGCUAAAGCCAUUGAGCAAAGGGGCCAACAUCGGAUUAUUGCUGCAAAAAUACAGAGAACUCUGAAUCGACUAGUCGAUAAACAUGGAACUAUGGAUCUUGAAUGGCUACGUCAAGCCCCAUUUGAAGUAGCAAAGGCAUAUUUACUAAGCUUCUAUGGACUUGGCAUGAAAAGCGUUGAAUGCUUGCGACUCUUAACACUUGGCCAUGAUGCCUUCCCCGUUGAUGUAAAUAUCAGUCGAGUUGCGGUACGUUUAGGUUGGAUUCCCCUCGGAACAUUGCCUAAAGAUAUUCCCUUUCAUCUUCUUGAAAAGUACCCGUUAGAAGACGCUAUUCAGGAGUUUCUUUGGUCAAGAAUAUGCAAUAUGGAGCGGAAAAAAUUGUAUAAAAUUCAUUAUCAAUUGAUCACAUUCGGAAAGAUUUUUUGCACGAAGAAAAAUCCCAAUUGUAGAGCAUGUCCAUUCAAGAACGAAUGCAAAUACUAUCAAAGUGUUGAAGAGAGUGCAAGAAUGAAACAUCCUCGGUUGACGUGGACUCAAAAUAAAGAGACUUUAAGGUUGAAGAAGGGUUCUAAAAACAAUAAGAACAUCCAAAAUCCAUUUGACGUCAAGAAAGAGUCUUCUAGACCUUUGUUUCUAGCAUCUAGUUCUAAUUCAUCGCCGGAUAUGUCAAUAUCUUUCCCGGUGUUAAAUCGGACCUUCUCUCAAAAACGUGAUCGUAGCCCUAUCGUUGAGUUUCCGGCCUCUCCAAAGAGGGUUGAAGAACCCGAGCUACUUGACAUUGAAGAUUUGUUAAACAAUACUAAUGAGGCCGAUGAGGAAAUUAUAGAAGUUGAUAUUUGUACUCAAGAGUUCAAGCAAACAGUGAGGGAUCAAAUUGAAAGGGAAAGUGUGACACCACCUCAUAGUGAUGAUCUCUCAAGGCUAGCUUUAGCUAUCACAUCUGAAGACGAUUAUAUUCCUCUACCAAAGCACAUUAAUCCUAUUCGAUUGAGGACGGAACAUCAAGUGUAUGAGUUGCCUCAUAAUCAUCCUCUCUUAAAAGAUUUUGAGCCACAACGAGGGAUAAUACCCUAUCUUCUCGCCAUAUGGACGACACCAGAUUCAGAUGAAAGGAAUGGUGAUAGUUUGGAAGGAUGUUCUGAAAAAGUUCCAGGUGAAUCUUUGACCGUCAAAGGAACAUUUUUGAUACCCGUUCGAACCGCCAUGAAGGAAUCUUUUCCACUCAAUGGUACCUAUUUUCAAGUUAAUGAGGUUUUUGCUGAUUAUCAAACUAGUGAAUGUCCAGUUGAUGUGCUUACAAGUUCUAUAUGGAUGCUACCGAAACGAACUUUAUACUGUGGGUAUAGCACAUCGUCAAUAUGUAAAGGUUUAACAACGGCGGAAAUUCAACGUUGUUGUUGGCAAGGUUAUGUAUGUACAAGGGCUUUCGAUCGUAAAAGCCGUGCACCAAAGCCACUGUCGUCUAGAUUCCAUAACCGUCCUAAGGUGAAGGGGAAAUCGCAAGAGGAAGAGGAAGAAUAGAUAUGCGUUUGGAUUGGCAUGAUGAUUGAUGGUGUAUUUUUUUUAGAGCUUGUUAUGUUCAUAUUCAACGUUAUUGGUUGCAUUUUUUUUCCUUUUACAGAGUACUCCAAUUUAUUAGUGUUCUAUUCUUUGUUGUAUAAAAGAUUGAUUUUUGUAUUAAUUUUGGAAUGAGAGGAAGGGAAUUUUGAUUUAUAGGAAAAAAAUAUGAUCUUCUAUAA